CGCUGCUUGACGGCAGCGGCGUCGGCCCGCCCUCCCCGGCCGGCGUUCCCAGGUAACGGAAAGCGCGUGGCGCUGAGGAAGAACAGUUGCCCUGAAGAAUGGCGGAAGCAGUUUUCCACGCCCCAAAGAGGAAAAGGAGGGUGUAUGAGAAUUACGAGUCUCCACUGCCAGUCCCUCUUGGUCAGGACCAAGAUCCUAAGAAAUUCAGAAUCUUCCGCGCAGAAAUAAUCAACAACAACGUGAUUGUGAGGAGCCCCGAGGACAUUAAGCAGCUGUAUGGGAAGGGCUACUUUGGGAAAGGCAUUCUUUCCAGAAGCCGACCGAACUUCACAAUUUCAGAUCCUAAGCUGGUUGCUAAGUGGAAAGGUAUGAAGACAGACUUGCCUGUAAUCUCAUCAAAGAAGUACCAGCGUCGUGUCGAAUGGGCCGCGAGUCUCAUGCACAGACAGGGGCAGGACCCGAGAACUGUGCACAAGAUCCUCAAGGAGUACACAAAAGCGCUUGAACAUCCUUGUGUCAGAAGGAACGAAGGGGUUCAGGUGCAUGACACACUUGACCCUGAGAUAGCUUCCACCCUGGGAAGCACAGUGGGCACCGAGAACCUUUCUGAGAUGAAUGAAGACAUUGGACAGUCAGACGAGCCUAGCAGGCACUCAAACGGCGGCCUGCAGGAGGACUCUGCGCAUGACCCACUCCCCACCAAGGGCCUCGAUGCACGGGUGGGAGAGGACACCACACCUCUGCCCCGAGAUGUCCUCAUCCCCCUGCGUGGCCUUCAGCCUGAGGCUGGCGGUCAGCAAACGGGUCUUAUCCAUGCUGGAGAGAGAGGGCCUGACCAUGAGUAUGUGCUCGUCGUGGAAGAAGAGGUGUGUGCUGUGAGCGAAGGGGACGACGCCCCCAAAGAGGAAGUGGUGCGAAGACAGAAAUUAACGUGCAGAAGAAACCCAUAUAGGAUCUUCGAGUAUUUGCAGCUCAGCCUAGAAGAGGCUUUCUUCCUGGUCUAUGCCCUGGGAUGUCUCAGUAUAUACUAUGAGAAGGAACCUUUGACGAUACUGAAACUCUGGCAAGUUUUCACUUCCAUUCAGCCCACCUUCAGGACCACCUACAUGGCCUACCACUACUUCCGAAGCAAGGGCUGGGUGCCCAAAGUGGGGCUCAAGUACGGGACAGAUUUCUUGCUAUAUUGGAAAGGCCCGCCAUUCUACCAUGCCAGUUAUUCUGUCAUCGUUGAGCUCGUGGAUGAUCACUUGGAAGGCUCCCUCCGCAGACCAUUCAGUUGGAAGUCGCUGGCCACCCUGAGCAGAAUCUCAGUUAAUGUCUCUAAGGAACUUAUGCUGUGCUAUCUGAUUAAGCCCUCCACCAUGACUGAUGAGGAAAUGGAGUCCCCAGAAUGUAUGAAAAGAAUUAAAGUCCAGGAGGUGAUUCUCAGUCGCUGGGUUUCCUCACGAGAGAGAAGCGACCAAGAUGAACUCUAGUGAUUCAGCCUCAGAUUUCCCACUCACUGAGCCUUCCACAAAGUCCUUUCCCUGUAAUCGUCCAUCCAGCUACUUAGGGGAGGAAAAAGAGGCCUGUGCUGAAGCCACAAGGUCUGUCCUCGAGUCACUUGCUCGAUGAGCCCUCUAGGCCCCAGCCUGGGUCUUCAUCCAGUCACUGGGGAGGUCAGACUAGAUGAGUCCAGAGAGGACUCUCCCAGGAACAGGUAGGUCUGCUCUCUUGAGUUUGUACAAAAAUAUAAUACACGUUUACACAAAAAUAUAAUUUCCAUUGAUACAGCACUCUGCAGUUUUGGGAGCAUGUUCAUACACAGAUAUGAACAAGAUCUCUCGUUUGCACAUCUAAUCUGUUGCAGAGAGAGCAUCGGAGAGCAGAUGUGGGGAUCACAGGGCCCCAUGUUCCUUUCUUUAAAUGGAGAAAGUAUGAAUGCAUCUCAGCAUAUCCAAGGACUUGUCCUUGGAUUUAAAAAUCCAUCUGGGUCUGGGGCUCACACCUGUAAUUCCAUUGACUCAGCUGGAGGAUCCCAAGUUCAAGGCCAGCCUCAGCAACUUAUAAGACCCUCAGCAACUUAGUAAGAGUCUGCCUCAAAAUAAACAGUAAGGACUAGGAAUCUGUCUCAGCAGUAAAGCUUGUCUGGGUUCAAUCCCCAGCAUUCAAAAGAAAAAAAAAAUCCAUUGAUUAUCUGCCAAGGAUUUUUUGAUUCAAAGAAAACCUUUAAAACAUCAAUUACUGGGCUGGGGAUGUGGCUCAAGCGGUAGCGCGCUCGCCUGGCAUGCGUGCGG